AUGGGUCUGAACGCGGACCAGCUUUACAAGAUCACAUUCAGUCUCUGCUGGACGUUCGCCCGAGCUCUAACACCAAUCAGCUACGCCUCCCCAGCAUACUAUGCUGAUCUUCUGGCUGAGCGUGGCAGAAGCUACCUCGUCUCAUUCCUUUCCCCUGUCCAUCCCCGGCGUGCCUGGCUCGACAUGACCAUGGCUCAGAUGCCACCAGCCCCCACUGGCAUGACCCCAGGCUCAGCAGACGACCUGCGGCGCAAAGACGAUCUUCUCUUGAACCUGAUUCGUACAGGUUGGGGUCCCCCUAGUGGGCCUAACUGGGUAAACGCUGCCAAGAGACCAAGCCCACAGCACUCUGCCUUGGGCAACACCAUGUUCUACAUUUGA